GCAGAAUAGAAGCCCUUCCCAAUUCCCCUUUGUGUUUAUAUAUAUAUAUUUUUUAUACUUAUAGAGGGAAAACUGUCAACCAUAUCCAAAGUGCAAGACCAAAGACAAAUAAUGUAUGCUUUUGUGAGGUUCUUGGAAGACGAUAUGUGUUACGCUUUACCCGCUUCAAAUGUGAAAGAUUUUAGACCUCUGCACAAAACAGAUUUUGAUAAUCAGAAGGUGUAUCUGGUUCUCAGAACAGAAGAUAAUGGUACAGGCCAGCCGUGCAAAGCACAGAUUCUUGCCCUUGCAGAUAACGUUGAUGAGUUUGAACAUAGUAUAAUGCAAAAAAAGAUGAAAAUUCCGAAAAUGUCAACAAGGAAUAUGGGAAAUUCAGUUGAGAACCACUUUGGGGAGGAACGACUGCCACUGAGACAUAAAAAGGCUCAGCCACCGGACCAUGGGCGUCCCACUGCCAACUCCUCCAAGAGCCUGGCAGCGGUGGUGGCCCGCCUGGAGAGGAAUGCUGUGAGUUCCUGCAUGGAGGGAGAGGAGGACCUGGAGGAGGACAGGAUGGAGGAGGAGGAGGAGGAAGAAGAAGAGGAAGAAGAGGAGGGAGACUCUGGGCCUGAGGAUGCGGUGGUACCGCGGGUUCUGUAUGAGGAGCUGGUCCACAGCUACAGGCAGCAGGAGGAGGAGGUUAGGAGGCUACAGCAGGAGCUGGAGAGAACCCGCAGGCAGCUGGUCCAGCAGGCCAAGAAGCUGAAGGAGUAUGGCAGCCUGCUGACGGAAGUGAAGGAGUUACGUGACUUCAACAGGAGGCUGCAGGAUGUGCUCCUCAUGAGGCUGGGCAGCGGUGAGAGACACACACUCUCCAGUCACCUCUCACUGCAGCCUCCCAUGCACAUCUGUUCAGAGCCUAUGCAUGACAAUGGCACUCAGACAAUCAAAGCAGAGGUGGUGGAGCCCAUCAUUGAGCCACAGGAAGUGUGCAGAGAAGAGGCCAAUACCAGCUCCAGCCACUCCCCCUCCCCAAGAACAGUCUACACUUUUAAUGAUGGCAAGGUGCACCUGGGCGGGGGCAUCUGGGUUCAGGAAGAGAAGUGGCACCAGCUCCAGCGGACACAGGGAGACUCCAAGUUCACCAAGAACCUGGCCGUCAUGAUCUGGGGCACUGAGACCCUCAAGAACAGGAGUGUCACUGGCGUGGCCACCAAAAAGAAGAAAGAUGCCCUUCCCAAGCCCCCCCUCUCCCCAAGCAAGCUCAAAAUAGUUAGAGAGUGUCUGUAUGACCGAGUGUCUCAAGAAACGGCGGACGGCGCAGAGAUCACACAAAGAUUGUCCAAAGUGAACAAAUACAUCUGUGAAAAAAUUAUGGAUAUCAACAAAUCCAUCAAGAACGAGGAGAGACGGGAAUCGAAGCUGCUCAUUAGACAAACCGUCAAGAUGGAGAAUUUCACCUACGAUGGCAUGUAGUGAUGAAAAGUUGUCACCAUACUAGAGCUCAUUCUCUUUUCUUGGACUGCCGAAACAGAAGAGGGUGGGUAGGUUCAUGUGUGCCAGGCCAGCACUAGAGAUCCUCAGUAGGCGUCCAAGGCCCUAAUCCAUCAGCUGUAAGACAGCUUUACCUGCAAGACAGCUUUACCUGUCAAUCAAUGCAAUGAGUGGUUAAGUGUUUUGGUGUGUCGUAUGAACUGGUGUGAGAGAUUCUUAAAUCAAUCAUCUGGUUGUGAGAGAAUGCAGUGGCGCUCCAACCAAAUAUUCUGUGUCAGAACAUGACGUUGUGUCCUAAUAUUCUUAGUGAUUUCCCUUGACAAAUAACUUCUGAUUUGUAAGAAGAUAUUCUUGACUAACCAUGCUAGUUUGUCGCGAUUCAGAGGUUAGCCACACUGAAGGCCUUAGUGUUGAGUCUCUGUGUGUGCUAUUGGUACUUAAAGUGACGUGGGGAGGUUGUUAAUACGCACUUUUUCAACAGGGUCUCUCUGAUAUACAUGUCUUAAUCGAUACAUGCCACAUUGCGCAGAUAUUCCGUUGCCCGAGAGAUUAUUGCUGUGUGGUCAUCUAGAUGGGAUGCAAGGUUUGAGGUCUCGUUACCAUGGGAAUAUGCCAUUUGGAUUUCCAUAGUAUAGAGCACCAAUAAACAUGAAGAGUUUGGUAAAGAGAGGUUUAUCAUUAUUUUGUCUGUGGUGCUUGUCCACAUCAGACGUGUAACGGUCUUGAGAAUAUAUGUUUUCUGGAUAAUGAUUAACAGUGUAUAUACCCUACUUGAGAGAUCCAACUUGAGUUUACAUAAAUGUGAUUGUUGUAGUAGUGUCUUUAUUCAAGCUGUCCUGCAGAUCGUUCAAUUGUUUUGAAGUUGUGGUACAAGAUUUGAAGCCCAGAAAGGCUUUAUGUUUAUGGGAAUCAUUGGGGACUGUGUCCUCCAGUUAUUUAGUAAGAUGUGAUUUUAAUCUAAAGUAAAGCUGAUAUCUUUAAACUGCACUUUGGUGUCUGAAUGUGAAAGUUUGUCAGGUACUGUGUUUGUUUGGCUGUGGGUAAAGUUGUCUGCAGUGGUCAGUGUUCUGGCUAGAUCCCUGGAUAAAGCAGGAUUCCUGCUCUCUCACAGCCCUCUUCUUUGAGGCACACCACUGGGAAUGAAUUGCUAUAUAGUGACAACUUCCAAUGACAUGCCAUCAGAACUUUUCAAAUGUUUUUUUCCCCCAAACGGUUUGUCUGGCUGUCUGCAACCUGGAACUAAAUGCUGCGGAUUGAAUUCUUAACUGUGACCAUGUGGCUAACUGUGAAUCACCUGCAGGUCUGCCUGUCAAGCCUUUUUGCCUCUUCACUUUCUAUGUGUUUUUGUUUGUGUCUAUGGUUUUUCUUUUGUAUUUCUUACAGUUCGAUCAAUGUUUUGUUAAGCUGUGGGGAUAUUUUAGUGUAUAUAACUAGUCUCUUUUCACAAGUCAUGUACUUUUUUCAGUUUUUAGUCCGACUUACACAUUAACAUGGUAAACUCCUGUAUUUUUUUUAUUUUUAUUGACAUUGUAAUUCAUUUGUUACCUGGCGGUAAUUUUUAUGUUUGUUCAUUUUUUGGGGCUUUAUGCUUGAUAUUGUAUCCAAAUGUAGAUUAGAAGCAUCUAAACUGAAAGAAAAGAAGUGUCUCUCACGUCGGUAAAAUCUCUAUGAAAAAUAAACUAGGCAAACCACAAUUUAAAGUGAUGUCUUUAGGAGUCAAUAUAACCCUUCCCUUAUGUUCGAUUCGGCCUACAACUCUAGUACAUCACAAAUGACUUUAACCUCCCAAAAUGUAUUUAUUUUCCAGUAGCUGAGAAUGUCCUCUUUCAAAUGCUUCAUAUGCUAAGUUGAUAGACCCAACUGUUUAACAUUUAGCCAAAUGUUUGAUUUACUGUACCAAAGUCGUAAAUCUAAAUUAGAUUUAAUAACAUUUAUGACAUCAGAUCCCUGUCCCUCGGCCUCUGAACAUCACAGGGAGAUCAUACUGAUGUCCUUGUGAUCACCAAUGAUAUAUCUUUACUGCACAGAGAACCAUUUUUCUCUAGCACAAAGGUCAAAGUCGUGGUCAAAUUGACUUCAGAUAAAUCGACUGAAGAGAAGGGAAGGGUUAAAUUUCCCCUAUUUUAAGGACGGGCUGUAUUUUCAAAUCAAUCAAUGAACGCACUUUAAAUCUCUUGUGACAGAUUCUCCAUUUGUAAAGAAAUGGAUUUGUUUGCAAAACUGAUUUGGUCUCAACUUAUUUUGGCUAUUUAGAAGAAGAAAAAAGACAAAUAAUAAUAAUCAAUGCACCUUUUAAAUGAUCCUGAUAGGUCUGAGUUCUGGUUUAUUUGUAUGAACUGAAUACGUGUGAAGAGUGGUCCUCAGUAAGCUAUGCCUCUGGCACACAGUGCUUUAUAUUCCCCAGGGUUUGCCUAUUCCCACCAACAUGCCACUCCCCAGGCAUUGGAAUGGGCUUUAGGCAUGAAACUAAUAUGUAAAGGAUGUGUUUUUGUCCUUCCUGUAUGAACCAGACGGUAGAGCUAUACAGAGAGGAACUGUAUGUUAGCUAGUUCUUUAAAAUGUUGCGCUAAUCUUCUGUCUGCUGCUCUGUUGUCCCAUUGUUUAUAUUUUUCCAUGUUUUGACUGUUAUUUUUAUGUGCUUUGAAUUGGCCCCACUAUUUCAAUGAUGUGUUUUUUUUUAAAGAUGUAGAUUAGGGUUCAGUGGGAAGUUGGGAACACUGGAAGUUCAGCUGGAAUUAUAUCCUGGUUGAAUGAUCGGCAACAACAAAAAACAUAGUCCUUUUUGGACACGGAUGGAUCUCAGUCUGCUGUUUGUUCUUUUUACAGACAACUUUUAAAAUGUGAGAAAUUGCACCUUCCCUGUAUGUUGUAGUGCUGAUGAGUAGCUAGUUGUUAGGAAAGCCAAGCUUUAUAACUGGCCCCUCCCUCCAGCUCUUUAGACAGCUAACGGUUAAACGUGGGCAUGGCCAUUAGGUAUACAGUACAUGGCCUGGCCUCACUCAGCCCUCACAGCCAGUGAUCCCUAUGGCCAUCCAGAUGAUGCUUAAGAAAACAUAGGCAAAGUAUCUUGUUGCAUUGCUAUAGCUUUGCUGUUAUUGACAGUAGAAGCAUGCUAAACCUCAGACUGCACUAGGUGCCAUUCUCUCUCUGGUUAAACGUUGGAUCCAUCUGUGUUACCAGACAGGUCAUGUAUUGGAAUGGCUAUACAGCAGGGGAGGGCAGCUCUUAUCCACAGGGCUGGCAGGAUCCCUGAGCUUAGUACAAACAGACAGCAUGGGGACUGGCUGGGGGGAUCUGGGCAAGUUGACAUAUGAAACAAGCAGGGACUGUACUGUGCUUUUUCAUCAUCUAAAGUGAUUCACAAAUUCAAGGACCUUGAAAAUGUGCAUCACUACUGGAUUGUGUGCUCUUAACUGAAUGUGUAAAGAUGCUGGGUAUCUUGAGUGUUGUUGUGGGUGAGUGGUUAUAUUAAGCCAAAAUGUUGAAUGCUGAUAAUGGAGAGGGGGGUUGAACUUGCACAAAAAUGUCCCUUGCCAAGGUUUUAGUCCAGAGUUAUCUAAGCUACCACAGAGACUAAAUAUAUUUUUGUUUUUAAAUAUUCUCCCAUAUGUAGAUGUCCUGCUAUCAUUUCUGUAGAGAUCAACAUGGUCCUGUUGGGUCCUUGCGCACAGUAUGUAUUACAUUACAUGCAUUUUAAAGCUUUUAGUUUGUGUGAAAACUGUUCUGCUGUGUGGCCCGCGAUGAAUUCCUGUGACACAUGUCGUUAAUGUUGUUUACUCGUUUGUUUUCUGAUGCCAAAAAAGGGGGUAUGGUUAAGUAGCAAUGAAGAUAUAAUAUUAGACUUGUCAACUGAAAGGCUGACCCGUUCAUGAAAACAUGCUGAGGACCAGUCCAGGUUUAACCCACCAAACUGCCCAGUGUUCCUCCUACUAAUCACAGCCACUAGGCGUACUGACAACACUUCCUUAGGUAUGCAGUGGAUAUGAGGUUUUUCACAAGGAAGAUUUGUUUGUCAUAACCUUUAUGGCAGUGAGUCCCACUGCUCUCUCUUCCUCGCUGUGCUGUGUGAUUCAUGAAGCCCAAAAUCACCACCUCGGAUACAAUGUUUUUUUCUAAUUUGAGCAAAAGUCCGUCCUACACUCUCUCUCCAUGACACUGAAACCGAUAAGUGUUGAGGAGAUGUAAAUUGGUUAGUAGGUGAACGGAAGAGUGGCCUCCCUUCCUCGAUAACCACCUUUCAUCAAGGAUGGGGCGACAGGUACAAUAGCCUAGGGGUUAGAGAGUAGGUAGGCCGUCAUUGUAAAUAAUAUUUUGUUCUUAACUGACUUGCCUAGUUAAAGGUUUAAAAAAUAGUUGUGUAUCAAACCGGAGUCCUUCGCGGAAGAUUUGUAAAGUAUACAACACUUCCUUUUGAAUCAGCUUUUGUUUUGUCGUCGGAGAAAAACAUGUUUUAAAACUAUGCUAGUUACAGUUUUCAUCUAUAAAAUAUCUUGCACAACUAACUAAAUGUUUUUUUGUGUUUUACAAGUAUUAUUAUGUAAAUGUCACUGCCUGUUGACACGUGAGGGGAGAAGGAGUCAUUUCAUACAGGUGUAUUUUCAUCCAUGUUCUCUCUCCUCAAUUACCUUUUGACGUUUUUCAAAAGGAGGUGAGAGAGGACAGAGGAGAGGACGCAGGAGUUGGGCAAAUCCAAUUGAGAAAAUGCCAAUGUUAAGCUUACUCUAAAUGAGAAAGGGGCUUGGGGAACUUUAAGUGUAGUUCCACAAUUCAUUGGCAAGUAUACUUCAUCUAGCUUCACUGUCCUACCUCAUUGCUUCUCUUGUGUUCGUGUAUGAUGUAUAUAUUUUUGAAACUAUAGGAAAAUACCUUAUAACUCAUUUCCAAAUGUACAGUAUAUGUAAACUCGUAACACCUCAGUACUACACAGUUGAUAUCAUUAUGAGGAAAUCAGUUUUGUAAAAAUGCUUACUAAAGAGCCUACUGUCAAUGGAUGCCCAGUUGUCUCCAAAAAUGUAUUUCAACUGAUUGCUCCUUUUCACUGGUUGAUGGUGCUACCAGCAAACGGGUUAACUGAUCUGUCUCUUACCUCAAAUGGUGCUAAUUUUUUCUAUGUUUUUAUUCUCAUUAAGUUGUAUGUUAUUCAAGUUGGUCAUCCUAAAAUAAACGACAAAUCACAUUUCUAAAAUGUUAAACUACACUUUGCAAAUACUAUCAGAUACAUUCUGGUUUGAGCUAAAUCAACUGCUGUUUUAAGUAAAUCAUAGUUCCUUGCUUAUUUGAAAAUAUACUUUAAGCAGUUAUCUAGGAAUUGUAAAUUUUGGCAUGCUUCAGAUUUGAGAAGGUGGUAACUUUUCAUAAGCACAUCUCAGAUCACCAUUUAUCCAAAUACUGCUAUUAUUUCGCUGCAUGUUGGCUAUUUGGGCAGUUGUGCUAAAACCAAUUUCAAACUGGACUGGGCAGUUCUGUUAAAGAUAGAUUUGGUCCUCAGCAAAUGUUUGGUUAGCCACAGGUCAAUGCUGUGACUACUUCUACAGACAGAUUGCAAUUACAUUAUUAGGGUAUUUCUUGGCAGUGUCUCUAAUAUUUAGCUGGAAAUUGGGUUGGAUAGGGUUGUGAACUUGCCUCUCUAGGAGAAUAUGACAUUUACCAUUCAUUGUAUCUUGUAAAAAUGUUUAAUAGAUGGGUGUGAAAUGUCCUGACAUCUUCAUGUUGAUUGAUAUGUGACAAUUUGAAGAAUGUCAAAAAAUUGUCAAUUUGACCUCUGAAAAAAAAUAGUUUUGUUUCACUCCUUGUUAAUCUCCUUCAUUCUUGCUGCUGAAUAUACAUUUAUAAAAAUUAUAUCAAUAUAUACGUAUCAAUAUUUUUUCAAAAUAUGGUAAUUGAGAGCGUGUUCAAUAAGUACUGUGAACCAGAGCCAUAGAUAUAUGAUGUUUAUAUGUACUCCAUAUCUGUGGCUCUGCUGUAAUGAUGUUGUCUUUUUAAAUCCCUAGUUUCUUGGAGCCAGAGAUACAUGCACAGAGGGUUUUAAGAACAGUCUAUUUUCUGAGAUCCCACAUGUUCCUGUGUUAGUUGAGGUGGGGGGAGUAGAGGGAGCCUACGUCUGUGAAUGUGUCCGUGGGCACCAGAGUUUGAAAAGGGGGGAGGGGGGUGGCUCAUCAGUGUGUCCUGGGGGGGGACCCUCACACAGUCACCAUACCCCAGAGCUGGCCUAUACAGAAAGGAAAUGUUAUAAAAAUAAAUGUCCUUGCAAACCGGUCACACCUCCGCUAUACAACCGACUUUGACUCUUAGCAUCAUUAUUCUGUGUUUGCUGCACCUGUUCAAUGUUCAGAUCAACAAAAUAAAUCCAGAUGUUUAUUCUACCAGAA